AUGGGUCGGAAGCACGACGCCGUUUUGAUAAGCGAACCAGUCGCCGACGAAGCCCCCGAGCUCGAUUGCGAGAAGAGGAAGAAGAAAAAGAAGAAUAAGAACAAAGACAAGCAGCACCAAAACGAAAGCAGCCCCAAACGAAAACUCGACGAACUCCACCCUGAAAACGGUAACGAAUCGAAGAAGAAGAAAAAGAAUAAGCAUCACGAUUCCAAAGAGAACGCCGAGGAAACCAACGGUGAGAAAAACAACGACAACGGCGCUAAUGGCGAUGAAACGGUGAAGAACGGGUCUGUGGUGGUUACCGGCAAAAAUGCGGCAGACGCGAAGUACGCGGAGGUGAAAACGUUUUCGGAUUCCGGGCUGCCGGAUAAUGUGCUGGCGUGCUGCAAGGGUUUCGAGAAGCCUUCUCCUAUUCAGUCGCGGGCGUGGCCUUUCUUAUUGGACGGUCGUGAUUUGAUUGGAAUCGCUGCCACUGGAUCAGGGAAAACGUUGGCGUUCGGGAUACCAGCGGUUAUGCAUGUUUUGGGAAAGCGAAAGGGUAAAGGUUCCAAGGGGCGAAAUCCUCUUUGCCUCGUGCUCUCUCCUACUAGAGAACUAGCACAACAAAUAUCAGAUGUCAUGUGUAACGCUGGUAGUUCUUGUGGUGUGGAAUCGAUCUGUUUGUAUGGAGGAACUUCCAAAGGGCCACAAAUCUCCUCACUAAAAUCUGGCAUUGACAUUGUCAUUGGAACUCCUGGUCGUAUCCAGGAUCUAAUUGAAAUGGGUGUCUGUUGCCUCAAAGAAGUAUCUUUUGUGGUACUUGAUGAAGCGGAUAGGAUGCUUGACAUGGGAUUUGAACAAAUAGUUCGCUCUAUACUGGGUCAGACAUGUUCUGAUCGUCAAAUGGUCAUGUUCAGUGCUACAUGGCCUUUGGCAGUUCAUCACUUGGCUCAGGAGUUUAUGGAUCCUAAUCCAAUAAAAGUUGUUGUAGGUUCAGAAGACUUAGCUGCCAAUCACGAUGUCAUGCAGAUAGUUGAGGUCUUGGAUGACCGUUCUCGUGAUAGGCGCCUAGUUGCUUUACUGGAAAAGUACCACAAAUCUCAGAGCAAUCGAGUAUUGGUCUUUGUUUUAUACAAAAAUGAAACCAAACGAGUUGAAAAUAUGCUUCAAGAAGGGGGUUGGAAGGUUGUAUCAAUACAUGGGGACAAAGCUCAACAUGAUCGCACAAAGGCACUCUCAUUGUUCAAGAAGGGAACCUGUCCUUUGAUGAUUGCUACUGAUGUGGCUGCGCGGGGAUUGGAUAUUCCAGAUGUUGAAGUAGUGAUAAACUAUAGUUUUCCUCUAACUACAGAAGAUUAUGUUCAUAGAAUUGGGCGGACUGGACGAGCUGGUAAGAAAGGCGUUGCCCAUACAUUCUUCACACAGCAGAAUAAGGGACUUGCUGGGGAGCUGGUGAAUGUUUUAAGGGAAGCAGGGCAAGUUGUACCCGAUGCCCUCCUGAAAUUUGGCACACAUGUAAAGAAAAAGGAGUCCAAGCUUUACGGGGCGCACUUCAAGGAAAUCCCUGUUGAUGCCCCAAAGUCUCAAAAGAAAACAUUUGACGACUCUGACGAUGAAGACUAA